AUGCUGGGCUUGGAGGGCUUCUUCGCGGGCCUGGCGGGCCUGGCGGGUCUUGCUGGACUUGUGCUGGGUAGAGCAGUCGCCUCCAUACUGACCUGCCCUCCCUUCAUCGCCUGCUGCCCUCCUCGUGAAGGCCUCUCGCUCGAUCCUCGCAAGCUUGCUCCAUACUGGCCCGAAGCCACUGCUAUCGGGCCCAAGGCGUACGAACUAGAAGCUGAGGACAUCGAGGUGAAGGUUGGUGGUGAGGGAGGCGAAGGAGGGUGCCUCAGAGGAUGGCUGUUUAAGCCGGACAAUGCGCCCAAGGCUGUGAUCUUGAUGGCUCAUGGAGCCGGCAGAGAUCGUCGCUCGUGGCUUCGAAUGAUUCCCUUCCUCAAGCAAGCAGGGUAUAUCUGCAUAGCGUUUGACUUCAGGAAUCAUGGCAUCUCGGACCCUCUCGACAAGCCUGGUUGCACCCUUGGUCUGGUUGAGAGCAAAGAUUUCGGAGCGAUGUGCAAGUAUGUCAAGGCGCGCUUUGCGGGAAUGAGGAUAGUGCUGAUGGGAACCAGCACCGGGGCGGUUUCUUGCGUCAUCUCCAUGGCUACUGACCCUCAAGUUGCGGAUAUCGCAAGCUGUGCGAUUCUAGAGAAUCCAUUCAUGAGUAUAGAGGAGCUGAGCAGGGACAUGGUGUCGAACCUGAUCUUUCAGAAGCUCAUCUGUAGAGAUUUCGUGCUCGCCUACUGGUUUCUCUAUCCUUUGAUGGUGGUGGUGCGAUUCUUCACGGUCUUUCAAGUGAAGAGCAGUCUGCGACCGUACGGCCUAGCAGAAAUUCCUUCAUGUGUCGAUGCGAUCAAGCUGGUGAAGAAGGUGCCUUUGAUGCUCAUGCAUGGCGAGGAGGACCGCAUCGUUCCUCUCCGGCAUGGAGUGGAAGUUGCGAGGGUUGGAAGACUGCAAGACGUGUGGUUCUGUGCUCGAUCGGAUCACUGCCAGCUGUGGGACACGGACGCGAAAGAAUAUGAGACAAGAGUUUUGACCUUCAUUGCGAAACAUAUCAGAUGA